AGUACUUAAAUAAAAAUAUAAAAUUUUAAUUUAAACAUGCCGAGUGCGAGACGACGCAGAUUUUCCGUACAAAAUGAAAUGGUGAACCAAGAAAUAACAAAAUCUCAAAACGAAACACAAAUCAGUCAACAUGACUUAGGUAUCAAACCACCGCAAAAUAUUACUGGAAAUAAUUUACGUCAUAGAAAUAAAACUAAUCCAAAUACAUCGAAAAAAUCUUCAGCUUUAGAAAUAGUAACAGAAUGUGAAAGCCACAAUUCCAUACCAAAGGCGCAAGAUAAUAAAAACAUAGCUGUCAGUAAAGAGGUAACUGCUAGUUCAAGCAACAUUGAUCUUUUGACAAUUCUAAAUACCACAAAUCCACUGGCCGCUAAAGUAUCCGAAGAAAACAUAAAACACAAUAGUAACAACGACGGCAAAAAUCUAAAUAACGGAAGUAUGCGUCAAGAACGUACACCGCGACGGGAUAAAUAUCUUCACCGUAUAAAAGUUAGAAGUCCAAAGCGAAAGGCACCACUUAUGGAGAAAGAAAACAAAAGAAGAUCAAUAGGCAUAAGUGCAAAGGUAACCGACUGGCAUGAAUCAUGCAAUAAAAGUGAAAUAGAAAUACAAAUAACCCAACAAGUUGUUGACGUUGGUGAAAAUACAGUGGAAGAAGAAAGGACAAGCAGUAAUUCUCUUGAAGAUAUGUGUCGUAUUUGUCACAGUGGUGAGGCGGUUUCCGCAGAUCUGGGCAACCUUUUAUCUGCAUGUUCUUGUAGAGGAACUAUCGGACGCGUUCAUGUUAAGUGCUUGGAACAUUGGCUAACAGAAUCUGGAAAAUCGAGAUGUGAACUGUGUGGCACUAAAUAUGUAACGCGUCGUGUUCAUCGAUUUGGAUUUCUAAAAGCCCUCAUCAUUUGGAUACUUAGUCAAAACUCAAAGCAUAUGAUAGUAGACUUCCUAGGCAUAAUGAUUAUGACACCGAUCGCAUUAGUGGCAGCUGGUUUGACUGGAAGAACAUUUGCUGGUCUGAUGGCGCAGGAUCAUUUAACUCCAUGGCCCUUAGCAUCUACCUUUGUUCUUGCGUGUAUGACUCUUGUGUGCUACUAUUGUUGGGUGGUAUCAGCUCUGACUCGUCAUGCACUCGGAUGGUGGAUUUGGUACAGAUCACAUUACGAAGUAAGGCUGCAAUUGGAACAAAGUGAAGAAUAAUUGAAUUUAUCUUAUCAAAGAAAAAAU